UUCACAAUCAUUUGGUUACCCAAUUCGAACAGCAUACGACGUUACAUUUAAAAUGUUUAUAAAAACAUUUCUACCUUUAUUAUUAAUAACAUAUGCCUCUUCUGAGAAAUUUCGUUUCGACAACUACACUUUAUAUAGAAUAUUGCCAAAAAGCUUGGAUGAGAUCAAAGUUUUACAAAACCUGUACGAUAGUGAUUCACGGUUUGAUUUCUGGAAAGAUCCUGUCCCAAAUGCCGAAUAUGUUAGCGUCGUCUCAGCUCCCCAGGAUAAAGGAGAAUUUGAAACAUACCUUAAUAGAAAUGGAAUAGAGUUUGAAGUCGCAAUGCAGAACAUCCAAGAUACCAUAAACAGAGAAGUAGUUGGUAAAUAUACCAGAAACAACAUCAGGAGCAUGCGAUGGGACACAUACUACAAUUUAAACGAAAUCAACACUUGGUUAGAAGAUCUGGUUAUGGAAUAUCCAUCUAUAGUGACUAUGAUAAGUGCUGGAACUUCUUACGAAGGCCGUGAUAUAACAGGCAUUAAGAUCUCACAUGGUGAAGGUAGAAGAAUCAUUUUUAUAGAAAGUGGGAUACACGCUAGAGAAUGGAUCACUCCAGCAACAGUCUGCUAUCUUAUAAAUGAGCUGCUAAGGAGUACUGAUCCAGAAACAAUGGCAGCUGCACGUGAUUUCGAUUGGUACAUCUUUCCUGUGACAAAUCCUGAUGGAUAUGUUUGGACUCAUACUAAUAAUAGACUAUGGCGGAAGAAUAGACGUCCUUAUGGAACCGAAUUCGGCGUAGAUUUGAACAGAAAUUGGAAUACUAACUGGUUGAUGCAAGGAUCAUCAACCGACGCAUCUACAAAUACUUACGCCGGCCCAGGACCGUUCUCCGAGCCGGAGACCAGGGAUCUAGCAAACUAUUUAAAGACCCUUGGAGAUAAGAUAGACAUAUAUUUAUCAAUGCAUUCUUCAGGACAAAUUCUGUUGAUACCAUUCGGAAAUACUACAGAGCCGUUGGCUAAUUAUCAUGACGCACUCAAUAUUGGAAGGCGGGCGAUGGGAGCUCUUUCUGUUAGAUACGGCACUCCGUACACAUCAGGAAAUAUCGCCGAGGCUAUUUACAAGGCUACUGGCAGUUCUGGAGAUUGGGUGAAAGAACAUCUCAACGUACCCCUGGUCUACAUAUACGAGCUUCGCGACCGAGGCACCUUCGGCCACCUUCUCCCGGCAGACCAGAUCUUACCCACUGCUGAGGAGACCACGGACUCCAUCAUCGACCUCAUCCAUCAAGCCAAGAGGUUCGGAUACAUGAGCAGCGGGAACAGUGUCACGGUUUCCUUUGGAAUCAAGAUUGUAUUGAGUAUCAUGGUCUUUGGAAAGUUUUGGUAAAUUUAGUGACUGUGUGAUUGCAACUAGAAUAUGCUUUUUUAAUAAAGCCUGGUGUUUCUAAUCUUUUUUCAUUUUGCAUUAACUUCAGAAUAUACGUAAGCAUUUCUUUUAAAACGAAUUCAAGGUUGCAAUAAAUAAUGUAACUUUACUA